CAAAAGUGAUCAGGUUUUAUGUGUGGCAAAGGUAUUAUGUGGUGUGUGUAAGCAAACGUCUACAAUGGCAUAUCCAGACUUCAUUGCUUUUGCUUUGCACACAGGGUCAGACGACCUGAGGAUGGUGCUGUUAGGGAAUGCUGGUGUUGGAAAAACAGCGAUGGGCAAUGCCAUAUUAGGUAAUGAUACUUUCAAAGAGACUGAAACUACAGAGUGUGAGCUCCAGAGAGGAAGAGUGGACGACAGGAACGUCUCCAUCAUCGACACUCCAGGAAUCGACAGCACCACCCUCAGUUCAGAACAGCUGAAGACUGUAAUAAAAAGAUGCCUCUCGUUGUCUUCUCCUGGUCCCCAUGUGUUCCUGCUGGUGAUCAGAGUUGGAAAAUUCACUCAAGAUGUGAGAAAAACUGUCAAGUGGAUUCAGGAGAACUUUGGAGAAGAAGCUCUGAAAUUCACCAUGCUGCUCUUCACAGAAAGAGAAAAAAUGACCAACUCACAGUGGAAGAAGUUUUCUGAAGAAACGGCUGUUCAUUUUAAGAAACAGUUUGGAGAUAGAUAUGCUGUGAUAAAUAGUAAGAGAGAGGUAAAUCCCUCCCAGAUAUCCAAACUACUGGAGAAGAUUGAAAAAAUGGUCAAGCAAAACAGUGGACACUACUACACAGAUAAAGUAGAUGACAAAAGAAGACAGGGCCAAGAGAAAGAGAAGCAAAAUCUGGAGUGGGGAAGAAAGAAGGAGGAUCAAAAGGGAAUAAAAGAAAACUUUAACCUAGAAGAACAAAGAAUACCCUUAACAAUGGGCAGUCCUGUAGAUAGUAGAAUACCAGAGAUAAAGGAAGGGCAGAAAAAACAUAAAGGCUGUCUAACACGCAGUCAAAGUAUAGAGGUGAUUUCAGUGGGUAAUAAAAUGAGGUCUGAUGCAGUGGACAGAAAACUUAUUAGGAAACAUUCACUUUGGUUUCCAAAGAAGACAACCAGAGAGCAUGAGAGAUUCAGAGAAGAUCUCAAGAGGCAAGAAGAGAGUCGGAGAGAGAGGGAAAGAAGGAAAUGGCAGAAGGAGCGAGCAGCAGUGGAAGAAGGUUCUGAGUCUGAUGUGAGGAUCGUAUUGAUGGGAAGACCUGGAUCAGGAAAGAGCGCAACUGGAAACACCAUCCUGGGACGAGAGGCUUUUGGAAAGGACUUCAUUAGUGCACCCGGGACUGACACAGUGUGUAAAAGACAGGACGGUGUGGUGGGAGACAAAUCUGUAACAGUGAUUGACACCAAAAGGAAGACACCAGUGUCUCAUUGUUCUCACAGUGAUCCCCUUGAAUUUUCUACUUCUGAUUUUGAGCAAUGUCUCCAGCUCUGUUCCCCUGGACCUCACGCGUUCCUACUUGUGAUACGUGAUUUCGUAUCAGUAUACAACACAUUUUAUCCACUGAAGCGUCAAUUCGGGCAGGAAUUUCUGAAGCACAGCAUAGUCUUGAUUACUCAUGGAGACCAACGUGAACGAGUCGAAAAGAAGAAUUUUGGUCGAAGCUUGGAGAAGCUUGUGGACAGCUGUGGAGGACGGUUUCACAUUUUCAACAACGAGGAACAAAAUCACACUCAGGUGACAAACCUGCUGAAGGAGAUAGAGACAUUGGUGCAGAACAACGGAGGAACGCCCUACAGUCAUGAGAUGUACCUGGCGCAUAGAAAGAAAAUGGAACAGAAGUGUACAUUGUUAUGACAAAAUAAAAAAUCUAGAUUAUACUGGACAGUAUUAAACGUCCUAUAGAGGCAUCUCUUUAAGAAAUUAUUUUCUAUUUAAAGCUAAUUUCGUUUGUCUACCAGAUCUUGCAGAG